AUGACUCGGGUAGAGUCUCCCACUUCCUCGGAGGAACAAGCCGAAGGUGAUGAUAACUCGCCGCUUGAUUACCAAUGCCGUGCAUACCAAAGAGGCUCCUCUGGCCUAUCCGAGAGAUUGCGAAGACGAUUCUCCAAAGAAACCAACGCAGGACCCAAAAACACUGACAAGAAGGCCAGAAGCACAUAUCUCCCAUUCACACCCAAGCCUACAAAUCUAAAACCGGGCCUAAUCACCUCAGAUGGCUCUCCAAGCACUUUGAUGAGCGACAGGGGUUAUGAUAGCGAUGCACAAUUUAUGGACCCAGCUAGGUAUGCCAACGAUGGGUCAGAACGACCGUACAAUUGUCCCAGCAUUUGGGGAAGUGUAUCACCUCUUGCACAACCCUAUUAUGAGACGGAACCGGACGAUCUGGGUGAAGAGCUGGCGGGAGAGAGCAGCAUGCUGGUUGAUGGUCCAUUCUCAGGCCAAAGUGAGAUGGAGAGGCCCCAAUUGCCAUGGCAUCCACGGGACUGUCCACACUGGGGCCCGUUGCCACCUAUCACUCACAGCGCGGAUCAUGAACGUGCUCGUAAGCGGGUCGGAAGCCCCUAUACUACUGGAUUCUUUGACAGUCCCAGCCGGCACUCUACAGCCAACCGUGGACGUCUUCCAGGCUAUCCAGGACGCAUACCUAUAUCGCCGAUGCCGUGCACAACGUCUGUCGAUUCGGUAUAUGGACCCUCUUCCCAACUCUCCAUCAGAAAGAGGCGACAGGCGCCUCCGAGGGAGCUGAAAUCCGAAAGCCAUUCGAUUCAUCUAGGUAACAUGGAUAUAUCGAAAAGAUUGGCGUCUCCCUCCAUAUCGCCUCGGGUCUUAUCUGAAAAGUCAUCAUUUGAUGGCAAUGGGCGCGACAAAACCACAGGGGCGAGGACCCCAUGUAAUGAAGGCUACGAUCGACCUAAUGUAGAAACGACACAAGCACCAACUGAGAAUGUACAAGAAUCGAGUCUGGCACUAUCGCGAGCAAAGGAGUCGUCGUCAUAUUCCCGUAGGACUAGCUUCUCAUCUGGUUUCUCCAAAUACCAGUAUGAAACAAAGGUUUUCAGUCUUCCAGAGUCGGUGAGAGAAGCAAUGAAGAAUCCUUACGCCGGUGCCUCUAGCCUGAAUCCAUCUGGUCAAUCACAAGAAACUGCCGGAGCCAGUCCAAAUACCCCUACUGCUGCGAGUCCUUGUGAUACUAGCGAACGCGCUCAGCAAAGCACAUCCCCAGGACCAUGCGAAGCCGAUCCAUUGGUUGCUCCUCCUAAAGCUGACCUUCAGAGCACCGCAGGCAUGGCUGCUUCAUCAUCGCGCCAGGUCAGCGUUGGAUGGAUGUCUGGGGGUCGCCGUCUUGGUUACGGGUACACGCUGGUAUCAGCAGAUGACAAAGGAGGCAACUUAUCCCCAGAAGAUACCUGCUCAUUAAAGACAUGUGAUCUGAACAGUGCAUCGACAAUUGGGAAGGGUCAUGGCAAAAGAUCUGCCAGCGCUGUUGACAAGCCUUGUACGGAGCAAGACAAUAAGACGGGAUCAGGGAAAGGAUUGCCAAUCUUCGAUAAUUUGACGCACCGUCUAAAUCUCCAUCACUGGUCCGGUGCAACCACAUCCUCCGGAGCAAAUAAAGUCGACGAGGGGUCAAGUAACACAUCAGUCACAUCUUUGCUAUGGGAAAAGUUCGGAUUCUUGAGGAAGAGCCAAAAUGAGCCCGACACACAUGUAGAUCAGAAACCCCCUUGGAGUCAUUUUUGUGGAGUUGGCUUGGACCAAGCAUUGGAUGGGACACUAACCCCGCACAGAGAUACGACUCCCCCAGUAAACGACGAAGACGGGCAGUUGUCGAAAGGGCGGACGGGGCUACAUCGUGCUCGAAGCCUAUGGACCAAAGGUCGCACUGUAACGGACAGAGCUCUCUGCCUUGAGACAAAACUCACAACGAAGAUACCAUUAUCUAUCAAGCAGAAUCCCGGGCUACGGAGGGAAAAGACACGAGUUAUUAAACUCAAGAACCGGGACCGUAAGAAGACCAUCAACAAUAGCCUUGAUGAAGAGAAGCCUAUCUUCCCCGGUCCUAAGCAACAUGAGCUUUCCGCAAUCUCACGAGUGGAGGAGAGCCAUGGACCCAGUACGGGCAAUCAUGAAAGAAGGGACGGUACCUUGCAAGGAACUGAGCGAAAUAGUUCGGACACUGACUUGGCUGAUGCAUAUGAAGAUUGUCUGGAGGUCCAUCCUAUUCCUGAUUAG